AUGUCGGACAAGUCAGAGCUGCUCGUAACCAUCAUCUUUGGCAAUCAAUCGACGUCAAUCUGUCUCUCAGAUCAAGAUCCACAAGCUCUGGAGCUCCUGCAGACAGAAAUCGCUGCAAAGUUUGACGUGGACCCGAAAUUUCAGCGUUUAGUGUUUCGAGGCCGCAACGUUGAGACGUCCACAGUCCUUACGAAUGGCUGUAAGCUGCUCUUGCUGCGCAAUCGAGCUUUUCACGAGCAAGCAGUUGCUGUAAAACCGGUAGAGACCUCUGAAACUUUGUCAUUCAGUGCUCCAUCACUACCAUCAGUUGAUAACGUCGCGUCGAAAACUUUCUCUAGAACUCUAGAUUUUGACGUGAACGAGCUGGACGAUGAUGUGUUAGUGGUGCAGGUUUUCAGGGGCAAGAGCCGCUUCGACGGGAUCUAUCCAUGCUCUGGAAGCAUUUUGGACGUGAAAGUAAGAGUGAGCGCAGUGUUGGGACUGACUUCGCCACUUGCGUUGAAAUUGGUGGUCAAGGGGAAAACUCCGGCAGAUCAUAUGGUGUUAAAGACGUUGGUGGGAGGCAAAAAGAUCAUGAAGGCCAUGGCGUUACUGCAAGAACAGCAGCACGUGACGAAUGAAAAGGAGGAGGAUCUGAGAGAACUACUCAAUGAGCUGGUCGGAGCACGGACAACACUGCAGCGACUGCAGAAGCAGAUGAAGCGCAAUUUUAUGUCGAGAGACGAGAGUUUGCUCCAACUGUCAAGAGUUCUGGACGAUGGACAACGCAUUGCUGGAAAUUUGGAGCUGGUGAAACAGCACUUGAAGAAGCCUAGCGGAGCGGGGCUUUUUGCGAACCAAGAGACAAUUGCGGCUAUAGCGCAAGCGAUCAAAGAAGCUCAUGCACUGGCCGAAAUAGCUCAAGGGUUACUGGAAAACCACUCGCUGUAA